UCCGACCGGACCACCAAUCCCUUUCUCUGUAACGAAGAACGGCACUUCCUCUUCGAUUUUCCAAUUCCUCCUGCUGCAAUGGAAGACGACAAAUCCUUCUCUGAAUCAGUCAACCACGUCGACGACAGCAGCCAUGGAUGGCAGAAGGUAACCUACGCCAAGAAGCAGAGGAAGAAUCAGAAUAAGAAGCCUCCGGCGGAUUCCUCGAGGCCUUUACCCGGCGGAUCCGGACCCUUACCGGACAAUAACGGCGUUUUCAAAGGAUUGGAGAAGCACGCGGAGGAGCGCCGCCGGAAAUUGGAGGCGCAGCGCGUCGCCGUUGUUUACGCCGACGAUGACGCGAUUCCAGUGAGAUCGAGGAAGAAUCGCGGAGAGGAUGUGGACAGCGAUGACGAGAGCACCGAUGGAGAUGUUAAAACUAAUGCGGUGGAUGUGAAUAAGACGGAGAAGCCGAAGAAGGUUAAGAAGCCUAAGAUUACCGUUUCGGAGGCUGCCGCCAAGAUUGACGUUGACAAUCUCGCCGCUUUUCUUUCUAGUAUUACGUUGGAUUCGUACGAAGGGCAGCAAGAUAUACAGUUGAUGAGGUUUGCCGAUUAUUUUGGCCGUGCCUUUUCUGCCGUGAGCGCUUCGCAAUUCCCAUGGCUCAAGUUGUUCAGGGAGUCCCCUGUCGCCAAAAUUUCCGAUGUCCCUGUUUCUUAUAUCUCUGAAACUGUUUACAAGACAUCAGUGGACUGGAUUAACCAGCGCUCCAAUGAAGCAUUGGUAACCUUUGUGAUCUGGUCAUUGGAUGGCAUUCUUGCUGACUUGGCUACCCAACUGUCGGGGUCCAAGGGUUCAAAGAAAGGAGGGCAGCCAACAACUUCAAAGUCUCAGGUUGCAAUUUUCCUAGUGUUAGCUAUGGUAUUACGCAGGAAGCCCGAUGUGCUGAUUAAUGUAUUCCCAAAAUUGGACAAUAAUCAAAAGUAUCAAGGCCAAGAUAAGCUUCCGGUUAUCGUAUGGAUGGUAGUUCAAGCAUGUCAUGGAGACUUAGCCGUAGGGUUGUUAUUAUGGGCGCAUCAUAUUCUGCCAAUUCUAAGAGGAAAAUCUGGAUCAAACCCCCAGUCUAGGGACAUGGUCUUGCAGUUAGCUGAAAGAAUUGUGGGUGUACCAAAAGCUCGGGGCAUAUUAGUAAGUAAUGCUGUCAGGAAGGGCGAGCGCCUAAUCCCACCUCCUGCACUUGACUUACUACUGCAUUUUACAUUCCCUCCAUCUUCUGGACGGGUUAAGGCCACCGAAAGAUUCGAGGCUAUAUACCCACUUCUUAAAGAGGUCGCUCUUGCUGGCUCUGUUGGAAGCAAAGCAAUGAAGCAAAUCUCAUUGCAGAUACAGACUAUAGCUGUGAAAUCAGCAGGAGAAGGUAUUCCGGCACUAUCUGACGAAGCAACUGGCAUCUUCAUUUGGUGCUUGACUCAGAAUCCUGAAUGCUUCAAGCAGUGGGACAAAAUAUACACUGAUAAUAUACAAGCUAGUGCUUCGAUACUGAGGAAGCUUUCCGAUAACUGGAAGGAGCUUUCUCCAAAACUAUCUUCACUUCAAUCUCUCAGCGAAGCUCUCAAGAGCUUCAGGCAAAAGAACGACAAGGCAUUAAGCGAUGAAACUGAUUCAGCUCACCAGUCUCAGUUCAAGGAAGCAGACAAAUACUGCAAGGCUCUGCUGGGCAGACUUUCCAGCAGCCACAGUUGCCUGAAAACCAUAAUCUUUGUUCUUGCCAUGGUCGCUGUCGGAGCUGCCAUCGUGCCCUCCAACCUCGACUCAUUGGAUUUGAACAAGGUGUCGGCAUGGUUCAACUCCCUGCAAUCCGUCUAAAACAACUCUGACAGAGCCAGGGUUAGCGCAAGCUAGGUAAUCUCGAUCUCCUCCCUUCCUCCGACUCGAGCUAGUUUUUUGUGCGACACAGUCCUCCCGGUAACCUUACAAUAUAUACAUUAUACAUAAAGUAUGUGGGGGUGUAGUAGAGCAUGAGGAUUUGGAUUAUUAAUGGUAGGGGUAUGGUAUGGAGGUGAUUUAAUUUAUCUAGUUGUGUUGUUUUCUCAUUUCAGGCACCCCUUUUUGGGGUAAAAGAUUUUCUUAAUUCCCGUCGGUCGGUUUAAGACAUCACUGAACUCUCUCGUUUGCGAAAUGAGUUAUUGAUAGAGGAGAGAUUGAGAGUGUUUUUAUAUUUAUUAUACAUACUUAUAUACUUACAUGUUUAUUUUGUUUGGGGUACACACACACAUUGGAUUUUGUUGCUAUUCAUCUACCAAACUUGCCAUC